GGUAUGUGGCUGCAACUGGCGGGAUGAGCUCAUGAGCAGCUUUGAUGUUUGACUGAAAUUUUGGGGCGGAUGGUGGAUAAUCAUGCCAAGCAUUAGAGUUCCAGCUACCAAGAGAACUACAACUUUAACGGUGGCUGUAAAGUGCCGACCAUCUACUGAAGGAGAAAGCAAUCGUGGUAUAAUUAGAAUCCUCAAUGAGAAAGAGGUGCUUGUUUUGGAUCCUGACCUAUCAAAGGAUUACCUGGAACGCUUACGGAAUAAUACCAAAGAGAGAAGAUACUCUUAUGAUUAUGCAUUUGGACCUAACUUCAACAAUGUGGAUGUGUACAAGAAAAGUAUCCAAUCUACAAUAGCUGGAGUUAUUCAAGGGCUCAAUGCAACUGUGUUUGCUUAUGGAGCUACUGGAAGGCAUGUCAUACAUUUUAAGCAUCUCAUUUUACCCCAUUCCCCAUCUGAGAUGACCAGCAUGUUUCUGAGAUGCUGUGGUAAAACAUAUACAAUGGUUGGGAAUAAAGGUGAUCCUGGACUUAUGGUUCUGAGUCUUAACACAAUUUUCGAUCUUAUUAACAAGGAUAACAACUCUGACAAAUUCGAUGUAACUUGCUCGUACCUAGAAGUGUACAAUGAGGUUAUUUAUGAUUUACUUGAGAAAUCAUCAAGUCACUUAGAGCUUAGAGAGAAUCUAGGGCAAGGAAUAGUGGUUGCUGGUCUAAGAUGCAUUAAGGUGAAGUUACCUGAUAAAAUUCUCGAGCUUUUAAAUUUGGGGAACAGUAGGCGAAAAACUGAUACCACUGAAGCCAAUGAAACUUCUUCACGGUGAGUAGAAUAACUAUUAUUUGCUUUUUGCAUUUGAGGUAAAGAAGUGUCACCUCUAGGGGUAUUUAGGCAGAUGCUUAAAAUAGAUAAAGUGAAUAUAUUUUCUAAUCAUAA